AUGGCUUCCUUCAUGGAAGACCUGUGGUCCAGCAUCUUUACUCCAGGACCCACCCCGACCCUCUUGAUCGCGACCAACGUCACCUUCGCUGCACUCCAGAUUAUCUUCUUCGCUCUCCUCCUAGCUACCUACAGCCUCCACUUCGUCGCCCUAUCUAUCAUCAGCGGUGGACUAUGGUGGGCCAUCAACUGGUUUGCCGCCGAGGUGCGACUUGCCCAGCAGGCGCAGGAGACUGAGAAAGAAAAACAAGAGUCCGGUGACACGAAGACGCGGAAGAGUCCCGCUGUAGGAGAAAGCGCCGACAGCGAAACGGAGACCGAAGCUAUCGUGGCCAAGAAGUCAGAUGAUAAGUCUGCUGCUGUCGCGACCGGGAGUGCACCAUCCGGGUUGCUGCCCACGGCGCGCGAUUCUAAGAAGCGACCCAGCACUGGUGGUGAGGGGUCUGGGUAUGGGAGCACUGAUAGCGAGUGGGAGAAGGUUGAUGACACCAAGUCUUGA